AUGAAUGUUCCGCGCAAGCAGCCCACCACAUGGGACGAGUACGAUGGCCGCGCAUCGUUCAACUCCAACACCAGCAUUCAGUGGAACGACGACGAUGAGAGACCGCCGCGCGCCGAGAGCAGCGGCUUCGCCCACCAGCUGCGCGAGAGAAGAUCAUCCAUGUCGAUGCGCUUCAACUCGAUCCGCCAUGCCGGCGGUGUGAACAGUAUCGAUAAUUUCGCCCGCUCUUGGCAGCGCGCCGCCGGAUUCUACGAGGUCCAGCCCAUAGAAGGGCGCGCGUUUCGCUUCUCAGAGGGCGAGGGUGCUGCUGACGAGAGGAACGGCGAUAUCGAAUCCACUCCCGGCGAGCGGCGAUCGCUCCUGCACGAAGCCUUUGCAGACGGAGGCCGCAGAUCAUCUGAUAAUGCCGUCGCCACUGACGAGGAUCUCGACGCUCCCCCGAUCGACGACCCGUCGAGAAGGGGUUCUUUCCGCGACCAAAGCCUUUUUUCCAUUGAGCCUUCCUUAUCAUCGCCGUUUGGCAGCAGCUAUGGCACGCGCUAUGGCAGCUUCCGGGGCACUAAUGAUGCUGCGAUCCGUCAGGCAGCGAGAUUGUUCAGUGAACAACAGCUGAAAGGCACAACCCAGCCAGACCAGGACCGCGAGCCUUUACUCGUGAAGCAAGUUGAAGAGGAUGGCCAUCUCAUCAACGUCGUUGUUGGCCAGUCUACGCUCCCUCAGACGGUCUUCAAUUCGGUCAACGUGCUCAUCGGAAUCGGUUUGCUGAGCUUGCCCUUGGCCAUGAAGUACACCGGGUGGGUUAUUGGCCUGACGUUCUUCGUUUUCUCGGCCAUCACAACCCAGUACACUGCCAAACUCCUGGCAAAAUGUCUUGACAUUGAUAACUCACUCAUAACUUUUGCUGAUCUUGCAUACGUCUCGUUUGGCCACCGCGCACGUGUUCUUGUUAGCAUACUGUUCACUCUUGAGCUGCUGGCAGCUUGCGUUGCUCUGGUUGUCCUGUUUGCAGAUAGUCUGGCUGCUCUGGCUCCCGUCCUCAGCGAUCUAGGCUGGAAAAUUGCUUGCGGAAUCAUUUUGGUACCCCUGAACUUUCUCCCCCUCCGUUUUCUCAGUUUUACGAGUGUCCUCGGAAUUCUUUGCUGUCUUGGAAUCGUUUCUAUAGUCUUCAUUGACGGAGCGAUCAAACCCCACCAGCCCGGAUCCCUUCAAGAGCCAGCCACGACAUACCUGUUCCCCGAACAUUGGGCUACCGUUCCGCUUGGUUUUGGUCUUCUAAUGUCACCUUGGGGAGGCCACAGCGUCUUUCCUAACAUUUACAGAGAUAUGCGCCAUCCAUACAAAUACCGCAAGGGUGUUAAAAUCACCUACUCUUUCACUUUUCUCCUGGAUUUGAGUAUGGCUGUUAUCGGUCUCCUCAUGUUUGGAGAUGGCGUCCGUGAUGAGAUUACGUCCAACAUUCUGCUCACGGAUGGAUACCCGCGCACACUGUCUAUUCUCAUCAUCGUCUUCAUUGCCAUCAUUCCCUUGACCAAGGUCCCGUUAAAUGCCCGCCCUAUUGUCAGCACUAUUGAGCUGUUGUUCGGUCUCGACCCACGAACUCUUGCGGCUACGUCGAGUCUCCACGGGUCAUCCGGUCUCACCAGGGGCAUUCUCAAAAUUACCAUUCGCCUGUUUACGACCGCGGUCUUCGUCAUCAUCGCCAUCGUCUUCCCGGAAUUCGACCGAAUCAUGACUCUCCUGGGUUCCGUUGCCUGCUUUUCCGUCUGUCUUAUCCUGCCGCUUGCUUUUCAUCUCAAACUGUUCGGCGACAGGAUCGGACGAUGGGAAUACUGGGGCAACUGGGCACUUCUAGUCCUCAGCGCCAUCAUGGCCAUUAUCAGUACGAUAUUCGCCUGUUUGCCUAAGGAUGUGAUCGUCGCAUCGUGA